CGGCAGUUGGGAGUUGAUGACAUUAUUUCAAAAUGGCUGUAUCUCUGAUAUGUAGUAACACACAGAGCAGGGUUAGCUCCGUUUUAAACAGAGAUGUCAAGCAGUUUGGCAAAAAGUUCAUGUUUGAUUGUAGUGAAGAGACCUGCUGGAACUCUGACCAGGGAGCGUGUCAGUGGGUGCUCCUGGAGUUUCCUGUGCCUGUCAGAAUGUCAGAACUUAAACUGCAGUUCCAAGGAGGAUUUUCAGGAAAAACUUGCAAGUUAGAAGGAUGUGUAAAAGAUGGGAAUCUGGAACAUAUUAUGGACUUCUAUCCAGAAGACAACAACUCUUUGCAAAGCUUUCCCAUUCAAAAUGCCCCACUGGUGCAGAAGCUUAAAAUAGUAUUUGAAAACAGUACAGACUUUUUUGGAAGAAUAAUAGUUUACUUGUUGGAUGUCCUGGGAGAAAGUGCUUCUUGAUGUUUGGAAAAGAGAACAAAUGAGGCAACCAGAAUGCAAAAAGGCAACAGCUUGCUGUGAUGGACAGACUACCUGAAUCUUGUACACACUUUCUUUGAGCACAGACUGAUUCCUUCCCCCAACCCGGUAUUAAUUUUAUAUAUUGGGGAUUGAGUGUAUUUAUCUGCUCGCCAAUGAGGAGGUGGUGUGUGUGUGUUUUUUUUUUUUUUUUAAUAAAUGGCUUUGACUAACCCAGGUUUAUAGUGACAUUUUAUUAGAAAGGUACACAAAGAGAGGCUUUCAAAAAGAGAAUUGUGACUUAAAUAUAGUCAUGUGAUCAUCGAAGCAGGUGCAGUAUGUGAUCCUCAAGCAGCUUUUGCACUGAAAAUGAUUUUUCAAAAAGGUGCUGAUCAGACAGUAAUCAGACAAAAAUAAUUUAAUAGGCAGCAACAUUUGCUUUAUGAAUUAUCCUAUAGCAAACAGUAUAUAGAUGAAUUUCAGAUAUACCUGUAAAGGAUACUUACUUUUUUUGUAGCCAAGCGCAAUGGAAAGUGCCACUGGACUGUAUCCAGAGUCUGCUUCGAAUGUAAUAUCAGCUCCAUGUCCUAAACACACACAGUUGUGCUUAUUGUUUUUGUAUGAAUAAAAUAAAUGCAAUAAUUAUUAUACCUAA